AUGGGCACGGGUCCUGCCCCGGGGCUUUGCCACCUCCGACAACCCCUGGGCCGCCAGGUCUCCAACGCUCCCCGGAACCAGCCUCCCAGCUCCGAGUUCGUAGCCCGGCCUGUGGGUGUCUGCUCCAUGAUGCGUCUGCCCAUGCAGGCCUCCCCGGAGGGGCUGGACGCCGCCUUCAUCGGAGUGCCCCUGGACAUUGGUACCUCCAACAGGCCCGGAGCCAGAUUUGGACCCCGACGCAUCCGGGAGGAAUCUGUGUUGCUCCGAACUGUCAAUCCUAGCACGGGGGCCCUCCCCUUCCAGUCCCUUAUGGUGGCAGACCUUGGUGAUGUGCCUGUCAAUCUUUACAACCUACAGGACAGCUGUCGGCUAAUUCAAGAGGCCUAUCAGAAAAUUGUAGCAGCUGGCUGCAUUCCUCUGACAUUGGGUGGAGAUCACACCAUCACUUACCCCAUAUUGCAAGCCAUAGCAAAAAAGCAUGGCCCUGUGGGGCUGCUGCAUGUGGAUGCCCACACGGAUACAGCCGACAAGGCCCUGGGGGAGAAGCUGUACCAUGGGACACCCUUCCGCCGCUGUGUGGACGAGGGACUCCUGGAUUGUAAGCACGUGGUACAGAUUGGCAUCCGGGGCCCUUCCAUGACCUUGGACCCUUACAGAUACAACCGGAGCCAGGGCUUCCGGGUGGUCCUGGCCGAGGACUGCUGGAUGAAGUCUCUGGUCCCUCUGAUGGCAGAGGUCAGGAAGCAGAUGGGAGGCAAGCCUCUCUACAUCAGCUUUGACAUAGAUGCCCUGGACCCUGCCUAUGCCCCAGGAACUGGGACUCCUGAAAUUGCCGGUCUCACCCCAAGUCAGGCUCUGGAGAUCAUCCGUGGCUGUCAAGGUCUGAAUGUGGUGGGCUGUGACCUGGUGGAAGUGUCACCCAUGUAUGAUCUGUCUGGAAACACGGCACUGCUAGCAGCCAACCUGCUUUUUGAGAUGCUGUGUGUUCUUCCUAAAGUGACCACGGCUUGA